AUGUCCUUUGCCACGUCGAACAGCCCCCUCUCCGCCACCACACACCCCACGCCAUUGGCUGCAUACAUGUUGCUGCUGCUGCUGCCUGUCAGAGCCUGGAGGGUGGGAGAGGUUAGAGGAUUGUGGGCUGAGAGGAUUCAGGAUAGGUAUAGAGCUGCGUUAGUUGCUGGCACGCUCAGCUGCGUUGCUGACACGCUCAGCUGCGUUGCUGGCACGCUCAGCUGCGUUGCUGGCACCCUCAAUUGCGUUGCUCGCACGCUCAGCUGCGUUGCUAGCACGCUCAGCUGCGUUGCUCGCACGCUCAGCUGCGUUGCUAGCACGCUCAACUGCGUUGCUAGCACGCUCAACUGCGUUGCUAGCACGCUCAACUGCGUUGCUAGCACGCUCAACUGCGUUGCUAGCACGCUCAACUGCGUUGCUAGCACGCUCAACUGCGUUGCUAGCACGCUCAACUGCGUUGCUAGCACGCUCAACUGCGUUGCUAGCACGCUCAACUGCGUUGCUGGCACGCUCAACUGCGUUGCUAGCACGCUCAACUGCGUUGCUAGCACGCUCAACUGCGUUGCUAGCACGCUCAACUGCGUUGCUAGCACGCUCAACUGCGUUGCUAGCACGCUCAACUGCGUUGCUAGCACGCUCAACUGCGUUGCUAGCACGCUCAACUGCGUUGCUAGCACGCUCAACUGCGUUGCUAGCACGCUCAACUGCGUUGCUAGCACGCUCAACUGCGUUGCUAGCACGCUCAACUGCGUUGCUAGCACGCUCGGCUGCGUUGCUAGCACGCUCGGCUGCGUUGCUAGCACGCUCGGCUGCGUUGCUAGCACGCUCGGCUGCGUUGCUAGCACGCUCAACUGCGUUGCUAGCACGCUCGGCUGCGUUGCUAGCACGCUCGGCUGCGUUGCUAGCACGCUCGGCUGCGUUGCUAGCACGCUCGGCUGCGUUGCUAGCACGCUCGGCUGCGUUGCUAGCACGCUCAACUGCGUUGCUCGCACGCUCAACUGCGUUGCUCGCACGCUCAACUGCGUUGCUAGCACGCUCAACUGCGUUGCUAGCACGCUCAACUGCGUUGCUAGCACGCUCAACUGCGUUGCUAGCACGCUCGGCUGCGUUGCUAGCACGCUCAACUGCGUUGCUAGCACGCUCAACUGCGUUGCUAGCACGCUCAACUGCGUUGCUAGCACGCUCAACUGCGUUGCUAGCACGCUCAACUGCGUUGCUAGCACGCUCAACUGCGUUGCUAGCACGCUCAACUGCGUUGCUAGCACGCUCAACUGCGUUGCUAGCACGCUCGGCUGCGUUGCUAGCACGCUCGGCUGCGUUGCUAGCACGCUCGGCUGCGUUGCUAGCACGCUCGGCUGCGUUGCUAGCACGCUCGGCUGCGUUGCUAGCACGCUCGGCUGCGUUGCUAGCACGCUCGGCUGCGUUGCUAGCACGCUCGGCUGCGUUGCUAGCACGCUCGGCUGCGUUGCUAGCACGCUCGGCUGCGUUGCUAGCACGCUCGGCUGCGUUGCUAGCACGCUCGGCUGCGUUGCUAGCACGCUCGGCUGCGUUGCUAGCACGCUCGGCUGCGUUGCUAGCACGCUCGGCUGCGUUGCUAGCACGCUCGGCUGCGUUGCUAGCACGCUCGGCUGCGUUGCUAGCACGCUCGGCUGCGUUGCUAGCACGCUCGGCUGCGUUGCUAGCACGCUCGGCUGCGUUGCUAGCACGCUCGGCUGCGUUGCUAGCACGCUCGGCUGCGUUGCUAGCACGCUCGGCUGCGUUGCUAGCACGCUCGGCUGCGUUGCUAGCACGCUCGGCUGCGUUGCUAGCACGCUCGGCUGCGUUGCUAGCACGCUCGGCUGCGUUGCUAGCACGCUCGGCUGCGUUGCUAGCACGCUCGGCUGCGUUGCUAGCACGCUCGGCUGCGUUGCUAGCACGCUCAACUGCGUUGCUAGCACGCUCAACUGCGUUGCUAGCACGCUCAACUGCGUUGCUAGCACGCUCAACUGCGUUGCUAGCACGCUCAACUGCGUUGCUAGCACGCUCAACUGCGUUGCUAGCACGCUCGGCUGCGUUGCUAGCACGCUCGGCUGCGUUGCUAGCACGCUCGGCUGCGUUGCUAGCACGCUCGGCUGCGUUGCUAGCACGCUCGGCUGCGUUGCUAGCACGCUCGGCUGCGUUGCUAGCACGCUCGGCUGCGUUGCUAGCACGCUCAGCUGCGUUGCUAGCACGCUCAGCUGCGUUGCUAGCACGCUCGGCUGCGUUGCUAGCACGCUCGGCUGCGUUGCUAGCACGCUCGGCUGCGUUGCUAGCACGCUCAGCUGCGUUGCUAGCACGCUCAGCUGCGUUGCUAGCACGCUCAGCUGCGUUGCUCGCACGCUCAGCUGCGUUGCUCGCACGCUCAGCUGCGUUGCUCGCACGCUCAACUGCGUUGCUAGCACGCUCAACUGCGUUGCUAGCACGCUCAACUGCGUUGCUAGCACGCUCAACUGCGUUGCUAGCACGCUCAACUGCGUUGCUAGCACGCUCAACUGCGUUGCUAGCACGCUCAACUGCGUUGCUCGCACGCUCAACUGCGUUGCUAGCACGCUCAACUGCGUUGCUAGCACGCUCAACUGCGUUGCUAGCACGCUCAACUGCGUUGCUCGCACGCUCAACUGCGUUGCUCGCACGCUCAACUGCGUUGCUCGCACGCUCAACUGCGUUGCUAGCACGCUCAACUGCGUUGCUAGCACGCUCAACUGCGUUGCUAGCACGCUCAACUGCGUUGCUAGCACGCUCAACUGCGUUGCUAGCACGCUCAACUGCGUUGCUAGCACGCUCAACUGCGUUGCUAGCACGCUCAACUGCGUUGCUAGCACGCUCAACUGCGUUGCUAGCACGCUCAACUGCGUUGCUAGCACGCUCAACUGCGUUGCUAGCACGCUCAACUGCGUUGCUAGCACGCUCAACUGCGUUGCUAGCACGCUCAACUGCGUUGCUAGCACGCUCAACUGCGUUGCUAGCACGCUCAACUGCGUUGCUGGCACGCUCAACUGCGUUGCUGGCACGCUCAACUGCGUUGCUAGCACGCUCAACUGCGUUGCUAGCACGCUCAACUGCGUUGCUGGCACGCUCAACUGCGUUGCUGGCACGCUCAACUGCGUUGCUGGCACGCUCAACUGCGUUGCUGGCACGCUCAACUGCGUUGCUAGCACGCUCAACUGCGUUGCUAGCACGCUCAACUGCGUUGCUAGCACGCUCAACUGCGUUGCUAGCACGCUCAACUGCGUUGCUAGCACGCUCAACUGCGUUGCUAGCACGCUCAACUGCGUUGCUGGCACGCUCAACUGCGUUGCUGGCACGCUCAACUGCGUUGCUGGCACGCUCAACUGCGUUGCUGGCACGCUCAACUGCGUUGCUAGCACGCUCAACUGCGUUGCUGGCACGCUCAACUGCGUUGCUGGCACGCUCAACUGCGUAGCUAGCACGCUCGACUGCGUAGCUAGCACGCUCAACUGCGUUGCUAGCACGCUCAACUGCGUUGCUAGCACGCUCAACUGCGUUGCUGGCACGCUCAACUGCGUUGCUAGCACGCUCAACUGCGUUGCUAGCACGCUCAACUGCGUUGCUAGCACGCUCAACUGCGUUGCUAGCACGCUCAACUGCGUUGCUAGCACGCUCAACUGCGUUGCUAGCACGCUCAACUGCGUUGCUAGCACGCUCAACUGCGUUGCUAGCACGCUCAACUGCGUUGCUAGCACGCUCAACUGCGUUGCUAGCACGCUCAACUGCGUUGCUAGCACGCUCGGCUGCGUUGCUAGCACGCUCGGCUGCGUUGCUAGCACGCUCGGCUGCGUUGCUAGCACGCUCGGCUGCGUUGCUAGCACGCUCGGCUGCGUUGCUAGCACGCUCAACUGCGUUGCUAGCACGCUCAACUGCGUUGCUAGCACGCUCAACUGCGUUGCUAGCACGCUCAACUGCGUUGCUAGCACGCUCAACUGCGUUGCUCGCACGCUCAACUGCGUUGCUCGCACGCUCAACUGCGUUGCUCGCACGCUCAACUGCGUUGCUCGCACGCUCAACUGCGUUGCUCGCACGCUCAACUGCGUUGCUCGCACGCUCAACUGCGUUGCUAGCACGCUCAACUGCGUUGCUAGCACGCUCAGCUGCGUUGCUAGCACGCUCUGCUGCGUUGCUAGCACGCUCAACUGCGUUGCUAGCACGCUCAACUGCGUUGCUAGCACGCUCAGCUGCGUUGCUAGCACGCUCAACUGCGUUGCUCGCACGCUCAACUGCGUUGCUCGCACGCUCAACUGCGUUGCUCGCACGCUCAACUGCGUUGCUAGCACGCUCAACUGCGUUGCUAGCACGCUCAACUGCGUUGCUCGCACGCUCAACUGCGUUGCUCGCACGCUCAACUGCGUUGCUAGCACGCUCAACUGCGUUGCUAGCACGCUCAACUGCGUUGCUAGCACGCUCAACUGCGUUGCUGGCACGCUCAACUGCGUUGCUGGCACGCUCAACUGCGUUGCUCGCACGCUCAACUGCGUUGCUAGCACGCUCAACUGCGUUGCUAGCACGCUCAACUGCGUUGCUAGCACGCUCAACUGCGUUGCUAGCACGCUCAACUGCGUUGCUAGCACGCUCAACUGCGUUGCUAGCACGCUCAACUGCGUUGCUAGCACGCUCAACUGCGUUGCUAGCACGCUCAACUGCGUUGCUAGCACGCUCAACUGCGUUGCUAGCACGCUCAACUGCGUUGCUAGCACGCUCAACUGCGUUGCUAGCACGCUCAACUGCGUUGCUAGCACGCUCAACUGCGUUGCUAGCACGCUCAACUGCGUUGCUAGCACGCUCAACUGCGUUGCUAGCACGCUCAACUGCGUUGCUAGCACGCUCAACUGCGUUGCUGGCACGCUCAACUGCGUUGCUGGCACGCUCAACUGCGUUGCUAGCACGCUCAACUGCGUUGCUAGCACGCUCAACUGCGUUGCUGGCACGCUCAACUGCGUUGCUAGCACGCUCAACUGCGUUGCUGGCACGCUCAACUGCGUUGCUGGCACGCUCAACUGCGUUGCUAGCACGCUCAACUGCGUUGCUAGCACGCUCAACUGCGUUGCUAGCACGCUCAACUGCGUUGCUAGCACGCUCAACUGCGUUGCUAGCACGCUCAACUGCGUUGCUAGCACGCUCAACUGCGUUGCUGGCACGCUCAACUGCGUUGCUGGCACGCUCAACUGCGUUGCUGGCACGCUCAACUGCGUUGCUGGCACGCUCAACUGCGUUGCUAGCACGCUCAACUGCGUUGCUAGCACGCUCAACUGCGUUGCUGGCACGCUCAACUGCGUUGCUGGCACGCUCAACUGCGUUGCUAGCACGCUCAACUGCGUUGCUAGCACGCUCAACUGCGUUGCUAGCACGCUCAACUGCGUUGCUAGCACGCUCAACUGCGUUGCUAGCACGCUCAACUGCGUUGCUGGCACGCUCAACUGCGUUGCUAGCACGCUCAACUGCGUUGCUAGCACGCUCAACUGCGUUGCUAGCACGCUCAACUGCGUUGCUAGCACGCUCAACUGCGUUGCUAGCACGCUCAACUGCGUUGCUAGCACGCUCAACUGCGUUGCUAGCACGCUCAACUGCGUUGCUAGCACGCUCAACUGCGUUGCUAGCACGCUCAACUGCGUUGCUAGCACGCUCAACUGCGUUGCUAGCACGCUCGGCUGCGUUGCUAGCACGCUCGGCUGCGUUGCUAGCACGCUCAACUGCGUUGCUAGCACGCUCACGCUUGACUGCGUGCUAGCACGCUCGACUGCCACGCUCAACUGCGUUGCUAGCACGCUCAACUGCGUUGCUAGCACGCUCAACUGCGUUGCUAGCACGCUCAACUGCGUUGCUAGCACGCUCAACUGCGUUGCUCGCACGCUCAACUGCGUUGCUCGCACGCUCAACUGCGUUGCUCGCACGCUCAACUGCGUUGCUCGCACGCUCAACUGCGUUGCUCGCACGCUCAACUGCGUUGCUAGCACGCUCAACUGCGUUGCUAGCACGCUCGGCUGCGUUGCUAGCACGCUCAACUGCGUUGCUAGCACGCUCAACUGCGUUGCUAGCACGCUCAACUGCGUUGCUAGCACGCUCAACUGCGUUGCUAGCACGCUCAACUGCGUUGCUCGCACGCUCAACUGCGUUGCUCGCACGCUCAACUGCGUUGCUCGCACGCUCAACUGCGUUGCUCGCACGCUCAACUGCGUUGCUCGCACGCUCAACUGCGUUGCUCGCCCGGUCAACUGCGUUGCUAGCACGCUCAACUGCGUUGCUAGCACGCUCAACUGCGUUGCUAGCACGCUCAACUGCGUUGCUCGCACGCUCAACUGCGUUGCUAGCACGCUCAACUGCGUUGCUAGCACGCUCAACUGCGUUGCUAGCACGCUCAACUGCGUUGCUCGCACGCUCAACUGCGUUGCUCGCACGCUCAACUGCGUUGCUCGCACGCUCAACUGCGUUGCUCGCACGCUCAACUGCGUUGCUAACACGCUCAACUGCGUUGCUCGCACGCUCAACUGCGUUGCUCGCACGCUCAACUGCGUUGCUCGCACGCUCAACUGCGUUGCUCGCACGCUCAACUGCGUUGCUCGCACGCUCAACUGCGUUGCUAGCACGCUCAACUGCCACGCUCAACUGCGUUGCUGGCACGCUCAACUGCGUUGCUGCACGCUCAACUGCGUUGCUGGCACGCUCAACUGCGUUGCUGGCACGCUCAACUGCGUUGCUAGCACGCUCAACUGCGUUGCUAGCACGCUCAACUGCGUUGCUAGCACGCUCAACUGCGUUGCUAGCACGCUCAACUGCGUUGCUAGCACGCUCAACUGCGUUGCUAGCACGCUCAACUGCGUUGCUAGCACGCUCAACUGCGUUGCUCGCACGCUCAACUGCGUUGCUCGCACGCUCAACUGCGUUGCUAGCACGCUCAACUGCGUUGCUGGCACGCUCAACUGCGUUGCUAGCACGCUCAACUGCCACGCUCAACUGCGUUGCUGCACGCUCAACUGCGUUGCUAGCACGCUCAACUGCGUUGCUAGCACGCUCAACUGCGUUGCUAGCACGCUCAACUGCGUUGCUGGCACGCUCAACUGCGUUGCUGGCACGCUCAACUGCGUUGCUGGCACGCUCAACUGCGUUGCUCGCACGCUCAACUGCGUUGCUAGCACGCUCAACUGCGUUGCUGCACGCUCAACUGCGUUGCUCGCACGCUCAACUGCUGCGUUGCUCGCACGCUCAGCUGCGUUGCUUGCUAGCACGCUCAACUGCAUUGCUAGCACGCUCAACUGCGUUGCUAGCACGCUCAGCUGCGUUGCUAGCACGCUCAACUGCGUUGCUCGCACGCUCAACUGCGUUGCUAGCACGCUCAACUGCGUUGCUAGCACGCUCAGCUGCGUUGCUAGCACGCUCAACUGCGUUGCUCGCACGCUCAACUGCGUUGCUCGCACGCUCAACUGCGUUGCUCGCACGCUCAACUGCGUUGCUCGCACGCUCAACUGCGUUGCUCGCACGCUCAACUGCGUUGCUCGCACGCUCAACUGCGUUGCUCGCACGCUCAACUGCGUUGCUCGCACGCUCAACUGCGUUGCUCGCACGCUCAACUGCGUUGCUCGCACGCUCAACUGCGUUGCUAGCACGCUCAACUGCGUUGCUCGCACGCUCAACUGCGUUGCUCGCACGCUCAACUGCGUUGCUCGCACGCUCAACUCUGCCACGCUCAACUGCGUUGCUCGCACGCUCAACUGCGUUGCUCGCACGCUCAACUGCGUUGCUCGCACGCUCAACUGCGUUGCUAGCACGCUCAACUGCGUUGCUCGCACGCUCAACUGCGUUGCUCGCACGCUCAACUGCGUUGCUCGCACGCUCAACUGCGUUGCUCGCACGCGGUCAGCGCGUUGCUCGCACGGUCAGCUGCGUUGCUCGCACGCACGCUUAAACUGCGUUGCUUGCACGCUCAACUGCGUUGCUAGCACGCUCAACUGCGUUGCUCGCACGCUCAACUGCGUUGCUCGCACGCUCAACUGCGUUGCUCGCACGCUCAACUGCGUUGCUCGCACGCUCAACUGCGUUGCUCGCACGCUCAACUGCGUUGCUCGCACGCUCAACUGCGUUGCUCGCACGCUCAACUGCGUUGCUCGCACGCUCAACUGCGUUGCUCGCACGCUCAACUGCGUUGCUCGCACGCUCAACUGCGUUGCUAGCACGCUCAACUGCGUUGCUAGCACGCUCAGCUGCGUUGCUAGCACGCUCAGCUGCGUUGCUCGCACGCUCAACUGCGUUGCUAGCACGCUCAGCUGCGUUGCUCGCACGCUCAGCUGCGUUGCUCGCACGCUCAACUGCGUUGCUCGCACGCUCAGCUGCGUUGCUCGCACGCUCAGCUGCGUUGCUCGCACGCUCAACUGCGUUGCUCGCACGCUCAACUGCGUUGCUCGCACGCUCAACUGCGUUGCUAGCACGCUCAACUGCGUUGCUAGCACGCUCAACUGCGUUGCUCGCACGCUCAACUGCGUUGCUAGCACGCUCAACUGCGUUGCUAGCACGCUCAACUGCGUUGCUAGCACGCUCAACUGCGUUGCUCGCACGCUCAACUGCGUUGCUCGCACGCUCAACUGCGUUGCUCGCACGCUCAACUGCGUUGCUCGCACGCUCAACUGCGUUGCUAGCACGCUCAACUGCGUUGCUAGCACGCUCAACUGCGUUGCUAGCACGCUCAACUGCGUUGCUCGCACGCUCAACUGCGUUGCUCGCACGCUCAACUGCGUUGCUAGCACGCUCAACUGCGUUGCUAGCACGCUCAACUGCGUUGCUCGCACGCUCAACUGCGUUGCUCGCACGCUCAACUGCGUUGCUCGCACGCUCAACUGCGUUGCUCGCACGCUCAACUGCGUUGCUCGCACGCUCAACUGCGUUGCUCGCACGCUCAACUGCGUUGCUCGCACGCUCAACUGCGUUGCUCGCACGCUCAACUGCGUUGCUAGCACGCUCAACUGCGUUGCUAGCACGCUCAGCUGCGUUGCUAGCACGCUCAACUGCGUUGCUCGCACGCUCAACUGCGUUGCUAGCACGCUCAGCUGCGUUGCUAGCACGCUCAGCUGCGUUGCUCGCACGCUCAACUGCGUUGCUAGCACGCUCAGCUGCGUUGCUCGCACGCUCAGCUGCGUUGCUAGCACGCUCAGCUGCGUUGCUAGCACGCUCAACUGCGUUGCUCGCACGCUCAACUGCGUUGCUCGCACGCUCAACUGCGUUGCUCGCACGCUCAACUGCGUUGCUGGCACGCUCAACUGCGUUGCUGGCACGCUCAACUGCGUUGCUCGCACGCUCAACUGCGUUGCUCGCACGCUCAACUGCGUUGCUAGCACGCUCAACUGCGUUGCUAGCACGCUCAGCUGCGUUGCUAGCACGCUCAACUGCGUUGCUAGCACGCUCAACUGCGUUGCUGGCACGCUCAACUGCGUUGCUGGCACGCUCAACUGCGUUGCUGGCACGCUCAACUGCGUUGCUCGCACGCUCAACUUUCUUGAGCACCCUAACGGCCUUCCACCCGUCCCCCCUCCUCCUCUUGAGCCUCCUCCUCCUGAUGCCCCUCCUCCCCCAGAGCCUCUGUCUGAUCCCCCUCGUGCCCCAGUUCAUGAUGACAACCCAGAUCGAUGGGCGGCCAACUUGAACAACUACAACAAGCUUCGCGAUGCCUACACCAUCCAGCGUGAGGCGCACCGUGCUGCUGAGAAGGCUCACGCUGAUGCUACUGCGCGUAUCCUCUCCUACGCACAGGAUGAGAAAGACUAUGCUGAUGAACUUCGCAAGUUCAACAAGGAUACUGCAGCAUGGCGAAUUGCGGAUCGCCGCGCUCUAGCCAUUAUCUUCUCCUGCAUCCCUUCCCAUCUCAAACGUGACCUCCGCCCCACCUCCUCCUCUGGCCUCUGGAAAACCCUGUCCACUCAGUACGACCGACAGGACCUUCGCUCUCUCCUUGCUCUCUUUCGCAAAUUUCAAGACACCACUCUUGACUCAUCCCCCACUGCUGCUGCCUUCACUCGGCGCCUCAUCGACACUGCGCAACGUCUCAACGACCGCGGCAUUGUCAUUCAUGAAUCACUUCUCACUGCACGCAUCCUCGACUGCCUUCCACCCACAUACGAUACCUACCGCAUCACCUUUACCUCUAGGUACCGCCAUCCUCCUCCUGUGGCUGACACAAUCGACUGGCUCCUUGACAGCGAAGCGGACAUCCAACGUGACUCCACCACCAUCAAUGCUAUCCAGGCUCGCAAAACUCCCGCAGGCAACCACAGCAGCGGCGGAGGUAGCGGCUCAAGCGGUACUGGCGGUGGCGGUGGUGGACGAGGUGGUGGGCGAGGCGGUGGACGCGGUGGUGGUCGUGGUGGCGGCCGUGGUGGGCGUGGCAAAAACCCCUCUCCCUCGGGUACCCUUCCCCCGUGUCAGUACAUCAUUCGCUAUGGCUCCAACAAAGGUCAGCCUUGCGCUCAAACCACUCACACCACUGACACGUGCUUCAAAGCCCUCACUGAUGAGUGGUUUGCACGUGGCAAUGUCGGCACCCCACCUCGAUGGAACACCAUCUUCCCGCGCCCCUCUCUCCAUGACAUACGCACUCUCCCCGCCUAUCAACCCUCCACCCCUAAUCUUCACAAUGUCCUCACUGAGCAUCUCCCACCUCAUAUCCUCCAGCAAGUUCAACAUCUUCUCCCUUCAUCUCCUCCCACUCCCACCCCUCCCACCCCUCCCAUUCCCCCUUCACCCACACCUCCUCCUCAAGCCCCUCCCCCCCACUAUCCUCCGCCCUAUACCGGCUGGCCAUACCCUCCAAAUCCACCUCCUCAAUACGGCCCUGUGCUUCCUCCACCUGCUACCACUCCUACUGACCAGCCCUCCUCCUCCUCCAAUCCUCCUGGCUUCACUCCGUUCCCUUCUGCUGGAUUCAUAGGACAUGUUAGCACUGCUUCUCCUGCUCCUUCAAUGUAUGCCCAUGCUAUUAAUGAGACAUCCUUCCAGUAUUCCGCUUCUUCCUCCUCCUCUACACUCCUUGAGUUCAUUCUUGACAGCGGCGCUACACACACUGUCCUUCGGGACGCAGGCACACUAGUCCCCCUCCCCACUCCCUCCACCAUUUACGGAGCCGACUUCAGCUUCACCAUCACAAGUCGACACACCUCCACUCUCCCCUGCCCCAUCUUCCCCUCAGGCACAGUCACAGGUCUACACGUCCCCUCCCUACGCAACAAUCUGGUAGCACUUCGUGACCUCCCAAGGUUAGGUGUCACCGCCAUCUUCCCCGGACAUGCACUUCACUGCGACCUCUUUCACACCAUCACUGGUCGCUUCAUCUGUCGUAUUCCCCUCUGCCCACACACAAACCUGUACACAUACCGCACCCUCGCCCCUCCAUCCACCAACUCACCACUCCCACCUUACUUCCCCCUCACUCCCUUCCCCCCUCCCCUCUCCCCCCCUCCUCCCCUCCCCUUCUUCCCCCCUUCCCUCCCCUCCCCCCCCCCCUCCUCUUGCUCCCCUCCCCUCCCUCCUCCCCCUCCCCUCCCCUCCUCCCCCUCCCCUCCCUCCUCCCCCUCCUGUCACUGUCGUGACCUUACCCAUCCCGCCGUCCUCCUUCACCAUCGCUUGGGUCAUCCCAACUUUGCCACCCUUCGUCAAUCUGUCUCCUCUCAACUUCUUGAAGGACUUCCCCUCACCCUCCCCCCACUCCCCCCGUCGCCCUCCCCUCCCUGCUCAGUUUGCGUUGAAAGCAAACUAAAGCAAGCCCCCCACAAGAGUCAUCCCUCCUUCUCUCUCCAACCCAUUGAUCUCGUCCACAUGGACCUCUGGGGCCCCAAUCCCACCCCCACCAGGCAAGGUCAUCGCUACCUGCUCAUACUGGUAGAUGACCACAGUCGGUACUCCACUGUCUCUCUCCUUCGCAAGAAGGCGGAGGCCCCGGCUGCCAUUAUUGCCUGGGCUGAACAAGCACGCACCCAUUUCAAACGCCCUGUCUCUCGCUUCCAUUCCGAUGGCGGCGGUGAGUUCCUUAACCGGAUGCUUUCCUCCUACUGCUCCACCCAUGGCAUUAUCCACACCUACACCCUUCCUCAUUCCCCUCAGCAAAAUGGUGUGGCGGAGAGCAGGGUUCGGGAGGUCACCAAGACCGCUCGAUGCCUCAUGGUCCAUGCCUCCUGCCCGCCUUCUCUGUGGGGUUAUGCUAUCCUCCACGCCGCCAUCCUCACUAAUCUCUACCCCCAUCCCUCACGGCCCACCACUACUCCCACCGAACUCUGGACCUCCACUAAACCCGACAUCUCCCCCCUGCGCGUGUGGGGCUCCAAGGCGUAUGUUCUCAUACACCCUGAGGACCGUUCACGUGCAGCUGGGAAACUUGCCUCCCGCACCCUCCCUUGCAUCUUCAUUGGUCAUAACCCCACCUCCCCGGACUACCUCUUCCUCCACCCCCCCUCAGGUCGUCUCAUUCGUAGUCGGGAUGUGGUUUUUGAUGAAGCCAAUCCGUACUACACCUCCCCCUCCGCCCCUAACCCCCUCCCCCUCACCAUACGUCCUCUCCUCUGGACUGACACUGUCAUCACCCCUCCCCUUCAACCUCCCCCCACCCUGGUCAUACCCGCACCCCAACCCCCUCCCCCUCUCUCCCAACCUCCUCAGGGGACAUCCUUGACCCGGCUGCCCCACCCUCCCCUUCCGCUCCCCUCAGGUUCUCACACCAGCCGCGCUCCCGUCUCCCUGCCCCUCACGGCAACUCAGCGCAGCAGAGCAGCAUUGCAGCUGUCUCCUCGCCCCGACCCUCGGCGCAGCAGAGCAGCAGUGCAGCCGUGUUCCCGCUCCAGCCUGACCCUCCAGCGCAGCUGUCUUGCAUCUUCACCGCCUCCUCUUCCUCCUCCUCUCUCUCCGGACCUCUAUGAAGACUCUCAUGAUGAACUCCUUUUCCUCCACCUCCUCUCACCCACCAUCGCCCCUGUCGUCCGCACCAUGGCUGGUACUACGGUCCUUCUUUUCUCCAACACCCCCACCAUCUACGAACCCACCACCUACGAGCAAGCAAUUGCAUGUCUUGACGCACCUCUCUGGAUCGAGGCCAUGGUCAAGGAAUGCAACGCCUUCAUCCACAACCGCUCUUUCCUCGACGUCCCUCGCCCCUCCAAGCACAACGUGGUCAAAGGCAGGUGGCUCUUCCGAGUAAAACUACUCCCUGGUGAAGCUCCUGUCUACAAGGCUCGGUAUGUGGCGAAAGGCUUUACACAGACUUAUGGCUCGGACUUCUUCGAGACCUACUCACCUACCGCCACUCCGCCGGUCAUUCGCGUGUUUCUGGACUUCGUUGGCAGACGCGGGAUGCUCCUCCACUCCAUGGAUGUCACCACGGCCUUCUUACAAGGCGACCUCCACGAACUCAUCUUCUUGGAACGUCCCAAGGGCUUCCACGCUCCUCACGACCCUGCCACCGUCUGGAAACUACUACGCCCUGUUUACGGGCUCAAACAAGCACCUCGAGAAUGGCACGCCAAACUCUCAUCCACCCUUCGCGCACUUGGCUUUCGCCCCUCCCGUGCUGCCUCUUGCCUCUUCCUUCGCUUAACUCCGUCACCCUUCUUCAUCCUCGUCUACGUCGACGACAUGCUGCUAGCAGCUGAGACAGCUGCUGAACUUCAGGAGGUCAAGGAUGAGCUGCAGCAACGUCUCGCCUGCAAAGAUCUGGGGGAAGUCCGCAACUACCUUGGCAUGGAGAUCACCCGCGACCUCACUGCCAAGACUAUCACCCUCUCUCAGUCAUUCUACAUCGGGAAGGUGCUCGAGAGAUUCGGCAUGUCCAAAUCCAAACCCAUCCCCACACCACUUGCAUUCGGGCAUCGGCUGUCCCCUCCAGCCACUCCUGUCACCUCCCCUCAUCCCUAUGCAGAACUCGUUGGGGCCCUGAUGUACGCCAUGGUCUGCACUCGUCCCGACCUUGCAUACCCCGUCAGUGUCCUGGCGCGGUUUGUUGGCACUGGCAGGCAUGGUGAGGAGCACUGGAAGGCGGCCAUGCGUGUUCUGCGCUACCUCCAAGGCACAAAGGACUAUGGCCUCACGCUUGGUGGUGUGGACCCACCUGUUCUUCAAGGCUUCAGUGACUCAUCUUGGGCGGAUGCACAGCCGGACCAUCGCAGUUCUCAAGGAUAUGGCUUCUCCCUUGGGAGCGGCCUCAUCAGCUGGCGCUCCACUCGCUCCUCCUCCGUCGCCCUCUCCUCCUGCGAAGCCGAGCUGUACGCAGUCACCAUGGCGGCUCAAGAGGCACGCUGGCUUAGCUAUCUUCUCACCGACCUUGGCUCACCACAGCCCUGCCCCACCCUGUGGUGUGACAACGAUAGUACCAUCCACCUCACCAAGGAGGCCGUCUUUCAUGGUCGCUCCAAACACAUCGAACUCCGCUACUACUUUGUCCGCGAUCUUGUGCAAGAUGGUCACAUCACUGUUCGUAAAAUCGACUCGUCCGCCAACCUCGCUGACCUCUUCACCAAGGCUCUCCAUCGCUCUAACCACUCUGCGCUCCUGCGCCUUCAGGGACUUGCUCCCCGCGGUGGCUGA